AUGGCUUCCCCAGCAACAACAACCACAUCAGCGGCAACAACUACUAUAGGGGCAACAACAACAACCAUGGCUUUCCCAGCAACAACAACCACAUCAGCGGCAACAGCAACCACGGCUUCCCCAACAGCAACCACAGCUGUGGCAACAAGUACUAUAGGGGCAACAACAAUAACCACGACUUUCCCUACAACAACCACAUCAGCGGCAACAACUACUACAGAGGCAACAACAACAACUAUGGCUUUCCCAACAACAACCACGGGUUUCCCAACAACAACCACAUCAGCGGCAACAACUACUACAGAGGCAACAACAACAACUAUGGCUUUCCCAACAACAACCACGGGUUUCCCAACAACAACCACAUCAGCGGCAACAAUAACAACCACGGCUUCCCCAACAACAACCACAUCAGCGGCAACAACUACUACAGAGGCAACAACAACAACUAUGGCUUCCCCAACAACAACCACGGGUUUCCCAACAACAACCACAUCAGCGGCAACAAUAACAACCACGGCUUCCCCAACAACAACCACAUCAGCGGCAACAACUACUACAGAGGCAACAACAACAACUAUGGCUUUCCCAACAACAACCACGGGUUUCCCAACAACAACCACAUCAGCGGCAACAAUAACAACCACGGCUUCCCCAACAACAACCACAUCAGCGGCAACAACUACUACAGAGGCAACAACAACAACUAUGGCUUUCCCAACAACAACCACGGCUUCCCCAACAACAACCACAUCAGCGGCAACAACUACUACAGAGGCAACAACAACAACUAUGGCUUUCCCAACAACAACCACGGGUUUCCCAACAACAACCACAUCAGCGGCAACAAUAACAACCACGGCUUCCCCAACAACAACCACAUCAGCGGCAACAACUACUACAGAGGCAACAACAACAACUAUGGCUUUCCCAACAACAACCACACCUGCCCCAACAACAACCACACCUGCUCCAACAACAACCACACCUGCCCCAACAACAACCACAACUGCCCCAACAACAACCACACCUGCUCCAACAACAACCACACCUGCCCCAACAACAACCACACCUGCUCCAACAACAACCACACCUGCCCCAACAACAACCACACCUGCUCCAACAACAACCACACCUGCCCCAACAACAACCACACCUGCCCCAACAACAACCACACCUGCUCCAACAACAACCACACCUGCCCCAACAACAACCACACCUGCUCCAACAACAACCACACCUGCCCCAACAACAACCACACCUGCUCCAACAACAACCACACCUGCCCCAACAACAACCACACCUGCUCCAACAACAACCACACCUGCCCCAACAACAACCACACCUGCUCCAACAACAACCACACCUGCUCCAACAACAACCACACCUGCUCCAACAGCAACCACAGCUGCUUCAGCAAUAACCAAAUGUAAAACACCACGUUUCAUCGUCAUAUUGUUUAGGCAUAGAAGUGAUUAAGCCCAGCCAAAGAGGUGGUAAAUCAACUUUCUCAGAGAGGGAAAAAUUCUUGAUCUUAGAUUUUAGCAGUG